GUCACCGCUGCCGCCGCCGGGAUGUUGCUGCCGCGGGCGGGCGGUGUGGCGGGCCGGGCCCCGCCGGCGCUGGCCGCCCUGUCCCGGGUGCUGCGGCUGGAGCGGAGCCGCCGCACCGGGAUCGUGUUCCCGCUGCAGAAGCUGGAGCGGUAUCUGGCGCCCGGCGCCGACACGACGCGGUUCCGCCUCUUCCAGCCCGGGCUGGCCGCUCUGCAGCGCGCCGAGGCGCUCUUCAGGUCCGACCGCGGGCACCCCAUCGACUAUGUGAGCUCCGCCGUGCGCAUGGACCAUGCCCCGCCGCCAACCCUGCCCGAGGUGUGCUUCAUCGGCCGAAGCAACGUGGGGAAAUCAUCUUUGAUCCGAGCCUUGUUUUCACUGGCUCCAGAAGUGGAGGUCAGAGUGUCAAAAACUCCCGGCCACACCAAGAAGAUGAAUUUCUUCAAAGUAGGGAAGUACUUUACUCUGGUGGAUAUGCCAGGAUACGGCUACCGUGCCCCACAGGACUUCGUGGAGAUGGUGGAGGCCUAUCUGCAGGAACGGCGCAACUUGAAGAGGACUUUCCURUUAGUUGAUGGUGUGGUUGGACUCCAGAAAACAGAUCACAUUGCAGUAGACAUGCUGGAAGAGUUUGGAAUUCCUUAUGUGAUGGUGUUAACAAAAAUUGACCGAGCUUCCAGGGGAGUGUUGUUAAAGAAYGUACUGGAGAUCCAGGAGUUUGUAAAGGAGAACACUCAGGGAUGCUUUCCUCAGCUGUUCCUGGUCAGUUCUGUGGAGUUCUCGGGGAUUCACUUGCUCAGGUGUUUUGUAGCCCACGUUACUGGAAAUCUGCCUACAGUAGAGGCAAGCUGAAAACACCAACUGCUGAUCUGCUUGGCUCAUCCAGAACAAAAGGUAUCAAAACCAGAGGUCUGGGGUUUUUGUUGUAAAUAACCCAAGUUACUAUUUUUGUAAACAAAUUGUAUACCAWUUUUUGAAUAAAUUAUUAUUUAUAAAAUAAAGCUUUUUCUUGAUUGAGUUCAUCAAUUCAGGAAGCUUGCAGUGURAAUUAAUCAAGGUUAUUAUAAAACUGUUUCAUAAAACCUACAUGAUUGUACUAAGGAGAGAAAAAGCAGAGAACUUCUAAAGGGAAAGUUUAAUACAUUUUCUCUUCCUUCAUUGCAAUGUUCAAAAAGCUACCACUGCAUGGCUAACAUCUGCUAUAUUUAGGUUAUUAGAGGUAGUCUAGUAAUAUGAUUAUUAAAGAGGCAUUUAGUUUAGGACAGAAAAACUAUAGCCCUAACAUUAAGCCGCCUGUAUUGCACAGGUGAACUGAAUGAUACACAAAGGUUUGCCUCUCUCAGUUGGGGUUAGAGUUAGGAUAGCUGGGGCCAAAAAUUACCACCUCUGCAACCCACCUGCUCUAAGGCCGUAUGGAAUGAAAAUAGCCAAUGUGUUGUCUGUGAGGGUGUGUGUUAAAAUUUUACUUUGUAACUCUUGUGUGUCCUGUGUUCAAUUGGUGCGGCAGAACAGGAUGCCUUGCUUGCAGACAUCGAGUUGUCCCUGUUCCACAAGGAUGAAGGAAAGGAUCUUUAUGAGUAAUUUGGAGGAGGUGCAUUGUUAGCAAAUGUGCCUGGGGUACCAAACUGGGGGAAAACAGUUGGCAUGCUCAAGGGCCAGGGAUGCCGUUUAGAGGGACUUGGGUGAGCUGGAGGAAAGGGCUGACAGAAACUAUG